AUGUCGCGCCUGCCCAGCGCCGAGCUCAGGGUCACCCUCGCGCGCGGCCUCCUCGUCGGCGGCCACUGCUACGGCCCGCUCCACCCCGCGGACAACAUCGUCGCCAACUCCGUCUGGUACGCCGCCGCCUUCCCUCUCCGCCCCGAGGACAGGAUCGAGGCGGAUGUCAUCUGCGCCCAGGGCACGGACCGCGCCGCCCGCCGCUCGCUCGACGGACUGCUUGCCUGCCUCCUGCACGUCUGCCCCGCCUUCUCCCCCGCCGACGCGCUCUGGCAGCUCUGCCGCUCCCGCGCCGACCUCCGCGUCGCCACCGCCUCCGCUCGCUGCGCCAGACCGUCCCUCCUGCGCACCGCGGAGCCGGAGGUAGUCAGGGCCGCCUUCCAGGUGGCUGCCGAGGCGGCGCGGCACCCCGACCCCGCGGCCUUCGCGCUCUUCGCGUCCUCGGUGCUUCCCUGCGUGGAGCGGGACGUCGCUCGCUUGCUGGUCGGCAAGCGUGGCGGCCUCUCCAGCCUCGACGUCGAUCGCCUCUCCAAGCUGCUAGUGCCGCACCCCCUACCCGAUGAACUGGCCUCAUGCCGGUGA